AGAGAGACGUGCCUGCAGUCACAGGGUUUAUUUAACACGUAGUCACAAACCCACCCAGCUCUCACACAUUGUGCCGGCCGCGGAGCCUCCCGAGACACACUACUGAGCCCGGACCUGAGGGUGACAGCGCGCCGUGCCCAGCUCCACAGCACGCACACUGGAUAACAGGACCUACUUUUUCCUGUCGUUUCAUCUUUUUUUGUACGACUGCUUUUUUUUCUUCUUCGGUUUGAAGUGAGCCCACAGAGACGCGUUUGGAUCGAUUUAAAGGCUUUUUCAAGUAAUUUAUUCGGAUUUUACUGUUAAGCGACAUGGAGAGGAUUACCAGUGCGCAACCACCUCCCUGUGUGCCAAAACUGGAUAUAGCUGACAUGCAAGGAAUGGAUUUCCCCAUUUAUGUGUACAAACCCAGGAGGGGCAUGAAGCGCGGGGAAGAGAGCAAGGAGACCUACAAGUUGCCCCACCGACUAAUCGAGAAGAAGAGACGUGACAGAAUCAACGAAUGCAUUGCCCAGCUGAAGGAUUUGUUGCCAGAACAUCUUAAGCUUACAACGCUGGGUCAUUUGGAGAAAGCUGUGGUGCUGGAGCUCACUCUCAAGCACGUGAAAGCCCUGAGUACCCUCCUGGAGCAGCAGCAGCAGAAAAUAGUCGCGCUACAGAAGGACCUGCAAAUCAGUGAUCAUGGAGGCGACAGCGCAGAGAGCAGCAAGGAGAUGUUUCGCUCCGGCUUUCACUUGUGCGCAAAAGAGGUGCUCCACUAUGUGGCCAGCCAAGAAAGCAGCAGGGACCUGUCUCCUUCCCGUGUCAUCAGCCACAUCCAGAAGAUGGCAGCUGAGGUCCUGCAGCAUGGAAGCAGCCUACACCCAGACGAGUCCGCCCCUCCGGCCCCAGAGGAACUGAAGAAACCUGCUGGGCAGCCCCAGGGCCCAGCCAAGAACUGUGUUCCUGUCAUCCAAAGGACUUACCCCCAUGGAAUGGGGGAGCAGAGCGGAAGUGACACAGACACAGACAGCGGCUACGGGGGCGAGCACGACAAGCGUGACCCCAAAGCCAAGUGGUCAGUAAGACACGCAAAGGAGGGGCAGCUCAAGCAGGCAGUGUCGGAGAGGACGGCCGGUGCCAUCAAGCAGGAGGGUGAUGAGCCUCAGGCCAAGAAGUCCAGGUCCGACUCCUCAGAGGACGAGGUUCUCCCCGGUCACACGGCAGGAGGUCCUGGCAGCUACAUGAGCUUCUCCCCCAACCAGCCCCCAUUCUGUCUCCCCUUCUACCUUAUCCCCCCCGCAGCUGCACCAGUGACAGCCUAUCUGCCCAUGCUGGAGAAAUGCUGGUACCCCGGGGGCAUGCCUGUUAUGUACCCGGGCAUGAGCGGCUCCGCGGAGACCCUCCCCUCAUCUCUGGUGAUGUCCCCAAGGGCAGGCUCUCCAGUGCCCCUCCAGAACCCCAUGGACUCCCCUGCUCUUCACAAAGCUUUAAAGCAGGUUCCCCCAUUGAACUUGGAAACCAAAGACUGAACAGAUGGGUUUCUGUUGGAAUCUUUCCCUCUGAGAGUUGAUGGGGUCGGACGGCUGGCCCACUGAAAAGAGGGUAAACAAACACAAACGCACUGGUAUCCCUUCAAACCACCGCCAACGUUUGGCGCGUCAGAACAUUGACCCCAGCAGAGAACCCCGAAUGGCCACCGCCGUUUAUCGCCAGCUCAUCGCACGCUGAAACAGGACUUCAGUGGGCCCAUGAGAAAGCUCAUGGAUCACCUGUUGCAUGGCUCUGAAACACUGUGAAGAUGCUCAGUUUAAAGACGACGAGUGCGCAGGAGCUUGCUAGAGGGUUUUUUUUAAAGCAAGGUUCGUUUUCUUCACCCUCAGUGUUGAAUGUCAGCGGUAACCCCAGAAUGUAAGGCACAGAAAAGCCCCCCCAGAAUUAUUUGGACCUACUUUUUGCACACACACCAGUCUGUAAUGAAUGUAAAGAUUGAACAAAAGCCCCUUGUAGAUGCUGCUUGAAAUUCUCAUUACCUGCUGUAGAUCUGUGAUUGGAGGAUCUACCUUCAGUGUUUGUCGCUCCUGUAACUGCAGCAAACCAUUGUUUAGACUAGAAUGUUACCAAAAAAGAAAAAAAACAGAGAAGUCUGGUCCGUGUCGACCAGCACGUCACAAAAGACGUUGCUCUUUUGACCCUUAUUACCUUGGAGCUAAUUGAACACAAGUGUUCACCGUGUUCAGAGAAUUCAGGGCGUUGUCACUGUACGAGGUGUGUCACUCACGUCUAUGAAGAGUGAUGUGGCCAUACACGCUUUUACCAUUUAACUUGUGACUCAUGACUAUUCGUGCAUCUAGAUGGCGUUCCUGUGAAGUCAUGUCUUGUAAGUAUUAUUUUUUGUUUAUACUACUCGUACAUCUCUAUUUUUGAUACGUGACCCACUGAGUGUAUUUGCAUCGCUACCGGAGGAAGGCUGACGCAGUCCUUUGCUGUACGCCAGGAGAGCGUGUGCAGUAUAUCGCAUUGUGCUCAGCCUGAUUUGCAUCUUGCCCACAAAUUCCCGGUCAAGCUACGGCCUGACCUCAGCUCAUGCUGUUGCCUUUACUCGUUUAACGCAGACACAACGACGGCAGGCGUUUCAAUGUAUUUGCUUUAAAUGUGUCUGUGGCAAAGAGAGUGAAUGUAAAGUUCAAACAAAAAUAAUAGUUUUGUAUAGAAAGAGGUACUUGGGAUUUUUAUUUUGAAAUGUAACAAAAUGCUGUUUGUUGUACAUAUUUUGUAUAUAAAGUAUUAUUGAUAUAUAUUAAACUAUUAAUAAAGCUCCCCCAACCCCCCA